AUUCUACACUACCUUUAUCACCAUAGCCUCUCAACUCUCCAAACCAUGGGAGAAUUGGAAGAAGCCACCCCUCCCCUCUCCCAACCACCACCGCCAAAGCUCGACGACGAAGACGAGGUCUCGCCCAUCGAGCAAGUCCGCCUGACCGUGCCGGUGACGGACGACCCGACCCUACCCGUAUGGACGUUCCGGAUGUGGGUCCUGGGGCUCCUGUCGUGCAUCCUCCUCUCCUUCCUCAACCAGUUCUUCUCGUACCGGCGGUCGCCGCUGGUGAUCACACAGAUCACGGUGGUGGUGGCGACGCUGCCCAUCGGCCGCUUCAUGGCGGCCGUGCUGCCGUCGAGGAAGUGGACGGUGUCGGUUCCCGGGUUGAAGGCCCGGGAAUUCUCGCUCAACCCGGGCCCGUUUAACAUCAAGGAGCAUGUGCUCAUAUCCAUAUUCGCAAAUGCGGGUAGCGCUUUCGGAAAUGGGUCGGCCUAUGCGGUUAUGAUUGUCGAUAUUAUUAUUGCCUUUUAUGGCAGGAAAAUUUCUUUUCUUGCUGGAUGGCUCCUCAUUAUCACCACUCAGGUUCUUGGAUAUGGAUGGGCUGGGCUGUUAAGGAAAUACGUAGUGGAUCCAGCACACAUGUGGUGGCCCAGCACUCUUGUCCAAAUUUCACUAUUCAGAACACUCCACGAAAAGGACGAAAUCUCAGCGGAUCCAGACAGCAAGAAGCAAACAUCCCGGCCAAAGUUCUUCUUGAUCGCCCUAACCUGCAGCUUCCUAUGGUACAUCUUCCCCGGCUACCUAUUCAAAACCCUACAGAGCAUCUCAUGGGUGUGCUGGGCCUUCCCGCACUCCGUCACGGCCCAGCAGCUGGGGUCCGGCUUCAACGGCCUCGCCCUAGGAGCCUUCACCCUCGACUGGUCCGUGGUGGCCUCCUUCCUCUUCAGCCCGCUCGUGUCCCCCUUCUUCGCCAUCGCCAACAUCUUCAUCGGAUACUUCUUCAUCGUCUACGUCGUCGUGCCCAUCUCCUACUGGGGGCUCAACGUCUACAACGCAAAGACGUUCCCUCUCUAUUCCGUCGACCUAUUCAAGGCCGACGGGGCAAAUUACGACAUCAAAGCCAUUGUCAACAGUCAUUUCAAGCUGGACGAGGCGCAGUAUGCAAAGCAGGGACGGAUUAACUUGAGCAUCAUGUUUGCUCUUGCUUAUGGAUUUGGAUUUGCUACCAUUGCAGCUACUCUUUCCCAUGUUGCAUUAUUCUAUGGAAGGGAGAUAUAUGAGCGUUUCAAGGCUUCUAAAAGGGAGAAGAUGGACAUUCACACUAAGCUGAUGAAGAACUACCAAGACAUACCUUCAUGGUGGUUCUACAUUCUUCUUUCAAUGACACUCUUUGUGGCACUGAUGCUUUGCAUCUUCCUGAAAGACGAGGUGCAGAUGCCGGUUUGGGCGCUUCUGGCUUCCGCGCUUCUUGCUUUCAUUUUCACUCUUCCUAUCAGCAUUAUCACAGCUACUACUAAUCAGACUCCGGGGUUAAAUAUAAUAACAGAGUACCUAAUGGGGAUUGUAUAUCCUGGAAGGCCAAUAGCUAAUGUGUGCUUUAAGGUGUAUGGCUACAUGAGCAUGAGUCAAGCAAUAGCCUUUCUCAGUGAUUUCAAGCUGGGACACUACAUGAAAAUUCCUCCUAGAUCAAUGUUUCUUGUCCAGUUUAUCGGAACAAUGGUGGCAGGCACGGUGAACAUGAGCGUGGCGUGGUGGCUCCUCCACUCGAUCGAAGGCAUCUGCCACCAAGACCCAGACUCGAGCAGCCCGUGGACGUGCCCCAACGACCAUGUCUUCUUCGACGCGUCGGUGAUUUGGGGGCUGGUGAGCCCCAUCCGCAUCUUCGGCACCCAGGGCAACUACCCUGCCCUCAACUAUUUCUUCCUACUCGGGCUGGCCGGGCCGGUGGUGGUGUGGGGAUUCCACAGGGCGUUCCCGGAGAAGUCGUGGAUCCCGCUGAUCAACCUGCCCGUGCUGCUGGGAGCGACGGCGAAUCUGCCGCCGGCGUCAGCUCUGAACUACAACGCUUGGAUAUUUGUUGGUACGGUGUUCAACUUCUUUGUGUAUAGGUAUAGGAAGAAGUGGUGGCAGAGGUAUAACUAUAUUCUGUCGGCGGCGCUGGAUGCUGGGGUGGCGUUCAUGGCGGUGGUGCUCUACUUCACGACGGGGAUAGAAGGGAAGAACGUGGAGUGGUGGGGGAAUGAAGGGGAGCAUUGCGGCUUGGCUGCUUGUCCCACGGCUAAGGGUGUCGUGGUUGAUAGUUGCCCUGUCUUUUAGUUUUCCCUUUUGCUUGCUUAGUUAUGGGAUUCUAGGGUCUCUGUUUUAUGAAUAUGGCUGCAAAUUUAGGAUUGUUGUUUUGCAUUUUGUUUCCCUAAAGGGCUGAUAACUUUACUAUAUACACUUCGUUCAUCAUUAAAUGUAUCAUUUUUAAAUUUUCA